AUGGAGGAGGCGGCUGGUUCCGAGGGGGCGGAGCCCGACGUGCGUCUAGCAACCGGGCUGGCAGCAGCGGCGGCGGCGGAUGCUGGAGGAGCCGCCGCCGCGGGAGGGAGCGCGGAGCCGUCGCAGCUUGCAGCCGCCAUGGUCGAGCGCGGCCCCGGCGGGGCCCCCCAGCAGCAGCAGCAGCACCAGGCGCCGCUGCCGCGACGGCGGACGGGGCCGAAGCAGCCCCGCGGCGGGCAAGGCGAGCCCGCGGCGGAGACCGACCCGCGCCCGGCCCGGAGGGGCGCCGGGGAUGGCGCGGACCCCCCCGACGGCGCGGACCCCGCCCCCGCCGACUUCAGGUGCCACAGUCUGCAGGAUUCCCUGCUGAGCUCCGCCAGCGGCUACAGCAACUACCGGGGCAUCCUGAACUGGUGUGUUGUCAUGCUGGUCCUGAGCAACGCUCGCCUCUUCCUAGAGAAUCUCAUCAAGUACGGCAUCUUGGUGGACCCUAUCCAGGUCAUCUCCUUGUUCUUGAAGGACCCUUACAGCUGGCCGUCCCUGUGCCUUGUUAUAGUGGCCAACGGGUUUGCCCUGGCGGCUCUGCACCUAGAGAAGAGGCUGGCAGCGGGCUCCUUGUCGGAGCGCAGCGGGACCCUCCUCCACACCCUCAACCUCCUGACCAUCCUUUGCUUCCCUGCCCUCGUGGUGCUGGCGGUGACCUCCAUCACGCCUGUUGGGGCCGUGUUUUCUCUCUCCAUCCACACCGUCCUCUUCCUCAAGCUCUUCUCCUUCAAGGACGUCAACAAGUGGUCCCGUGAGAAGAGGCAAGCCAAGGCCGCCCGUCCGCGCCCCGCUUCUGCGGCACAGAAGGCCAAUGGGGAUGUGGCACCGGGUGGUGUGUCUUACCCAGCAAACCUCAACUACAAAGAUAUGUACUACUUCCUGUUCGCGCCCACCUUGUGCUACGAACUGAACUUCCCUCGUUCUCCUCGCAUCCGCAAGCGCUUCCUGCUGCGCAGGAUCUUUGAGAUGCUCUUCUUCAUCCAGCUGCUGGUGGGGCUGAUCCAGCAGUGGAUGGUUCCCACGAUCCAGAACUCCAUGAAGCCUUUCCGGGACAUGGACUAUUCCAGGAUCAUUGAACGCCUCCUGAAGUUGGCGGUCCCGAACCACCUGAUCUGGCUCAUCUUCUUCUACUGGUUCUUCCACUCCACCCUGAACGUCAUCGCGGAAGUCAUGCAGUUUGGAGACCGGGAGUUCUACAGGGACUGGUGGAACUCUGAGACAGUGACCUAUUUUUGGCAGAACUGGAACAUCCCUGUCCACAAAUGGUGCCUGAGGCAUUUCUACAAGCCCAUGAUCAGGAGGGGCGUCAGCAAAUGUACGGCUCAGGCUGCGGUGUUCCUGGCUUCUGCCUUCUUCCAUGAGUACCUGGUGAGCGUGCCCUUGAAGAUGUUCCGGCCCUGGGCGUUCAUGGGGAUGAUGUCUCAGAUCCCUCUGGCUUGGUUUGUGGGGCGCUUUCUCCAGGGCAACUACGGCAACGCCGCUGUGUGGAUCUCCUUGAUUAUCGGGCAGCCGAUUGCGGUCCUGAUGUACGUCCACGACUAUUACGUGCUCAACUACGAAGGGAGCCAGUGACGCUGCAGCUGAGCUGCGCCUCUCCUGACCUCCCCCACGCACACUCCUGACGAUCAGCGGGAUGCCUGGUGGGGGCUGAACGGCCCAGUCUUCCUGCUGCUCCCUGCGGGCCCCACGACUCACCGUAGCACCAGCACAGGGGCAGCAAUGCCGCCGCCGUCACCUUUGCUCUGGGAAGUUGCUGUGUGUGUUACUGUGUGUGUGUGUGCGUGUGUGUGCGUGUGACGGCUGCUGGUCAGGUACUCUUCAGUUUGAACAUUGGAUCAAUGCAAUAACCUUCGGGGCGGCCCAGCGUUUCCAGCCGUGCCUCAGGCAGGAUUGAGGCUUGGGGCUGGUACCUCCUGGGUUUCCCCGGUGUGGCUCUGGGGCCUCCUUGAACCCGUCCCAAGAGAAAUCACGGCCUGAACCCCGCUGUGCGGCGAGAGGGAGCUUGUUCUCCCUUCCCAGAGGGAGGCGUCCCGUGAGCUUCCUCCGAGGGCUGGGGGGGCCCUGGAAUGUAUAAGCACGGGGGCAGCUCCCUCCGGUCGGAGUUGCUUCCAAGGCACGUUAUAGGGCUCUUGCUCACUGGGUUCUCUGCAGUCCAGGCCAAGGGCUCCGGGCAUUCAGGCCUGCCCUAGUUCGUGGCUACGGGCAGCCCUCCUGCGGCGAAAGGCGGAGUUUCUCUCUUCCACUGGCCUUACGGGAACAGGUGUCGCCCCGGUCCCUGGGACUCCUCCGGCCUCGAUGGGGCAUUGGCGUCCCGGCGGCAUCCCAGCCGCUGGCCGUGUUUGAAUUUGUCACCAUUCCUCUAGAGCUGCCUCAGUUGUCCGUGUGGCCUCCUGACCACAGUCCGUCCUUGGAGCGCCAGAGCUGACUUCCUGCAGCUCACGGGUCCCUUCCAUGGCCCCCUGUACCUUAUGACGGCUGCUGCCCGACUCUCUCGCCAGGGUAGGCCUUGGCGCUGUGUGGUACUACCAUGUUUUGUCAACCCAGCAACUUUUUAGAGUUUGUAGACUGUCUCUGCCUAAUGCGAAGUGAUUAAAGCAUAUUUUCCAAAAGAA